AUGGCUUCACUUAGCAUAAGCACCACACUUAAGCUGGCCAGCGGUUAUGACAUUCCUCAGCUAGGCUUUGGUGUCUACCAAACGCCAGCUAAGGACGCAGCAGGUCUCGUCACUGAAGCUUUCGAAACGGGCUAUCGCCAUGUCGACUCCGCCGCAGCCUACCGCAACGAGCGUCCCUGCGGCGAGGCCAUCCGCUCCUCCCCAAUUCCUCGCUCCCAACUCUUCUUCACCACCAAGAUCCCCGUCAAAGCUGUCAGCUACGAGGGUGCCAAAGCCCAAAUCGACAAAUCCCUAGCCGAGACCGGCCUAGACUACCUCGACCUGGUGCUGAUUCACGCCCCGUACGGCGGCUCAGAGAACCGCAAGGGUGCCUGGAAAGCGUUGGUUGAGGCCGUUGAGGAGGGCAAGGUUCGCAGCAUUGGUAUCAGCAACUACGGAGUGCAUCAUCUGCGCGAGCUGGAGCAGCACAUAGCCGAGCUAGAAAGAGAGAGGGGCGGUAAAGGCAAGGGAGGUGUUAUCAGCGUUGGUCAGUGGGAAAUCCACCCGUGGUGCUUGCGGGAAGACAUUGUUGCGUGGUGCAAGGAGAAAAGAGUCGUCGUUGAGGCUUACAGUCCUCUGGUCAGGGGCAAGCGCUGGGGUGAACCGGUGACCAAGAAGUUGGCUGAGAAGUACGGCAAGACGGAGGCGCAAGUGUUGAUCCGUUGGAGCUUGCAGAAAGGCUAUGUUCCCUUGCCGAAGACGGUUCAUUCUGAGAGGAUCAAGGAAAAUGCGGAUGUCUAUGACUUUGAGCUGACACCAGAGGAGAUGAAGGAGCUCGAGACAGAUGAAUACUCUCCUGUUUGCUGGGAUCCUACACGCUCCAAGUUGGAUAAGUGA